AUGCGUCUCAAUUCUGGAAGUAGCACUAAUAAUUUGUUGGAAAUAAAAGAAUUUUCUGAGUGGCUGCUUAAAAUAGGAGAUGGUGAUCUUGGGGAUGAUGUUGAUGGAGAAUCUAUUAUAAUAAUUCCAGAUGAAUUGUUGAUCAAAGGUUCAGAAGACCCACUUUCAGAUAUUGUUGAUUUUGUUUACCUGAAUCUGAUGGAUAAUAUAUUAGAUCCUACUUUCUUUAAAGAACGUGCUCUUCUGAAUCCUAAAUUGUCCGAUGUUGCCAUGUUAAACGAGCACCUAAUAGCUGUGAUUCCAGGUGAAGAAAGGACAUUAUUGAGUUCAGAUAAGGUUUUGAAACAAGACGGUAAUUCAUCUCUUGAGGAUGACGAAAUCUCCCCUGAUAUCUUAAAUAUAUUCUCAUGUUCAGGAAUUCCUGAUCAUAAAUUAACUUUGAAGGUUAAAGUACCGGUGAUGCUAUUGAGAAAUAUUGAUCAAUCAAGAGGUUUAUGCAACGGUACGAGAUUACUUAUUACAAAGUUGGGGAAUUAUGUUGUUGAGGCAAUUGUUCUUACAGGAAACAAUAUAGGAGAUACUGUGUUAAUCCCUAAAAUGACGAUCAGCCCAUCGGGUCAUACAUUUCCAGUAAACUUCCAAAGAAGACAAUUCCCCUUGGUAGUUUCGUUUGCGAUGACUAUCAACAAAAGUCAAGGACAGUCGCUGUCUCAUGUUGGCAUUUAUCUUCCUAGGUCUGUCUUCACUCAUGGACAAUUAUAUGUGGCACUAUCUAGAGUAAAGAGCAGACAUGGAUUGAAGAUGCUGAUACUUAUGAAAAUGGUUGCGUUACAAAUACCACCUUUAACAUCGUCUACAAGGAAGUAUUUCAAAGAUUAG